AUGGGACUUCCGGACGAGAAACUCGUCGAUGCGUGCAAUGUUCCUGUUGGCUUGCGUUGUGCAAUAUGCACAGAAGUCUUCGUGGAUCCUGUGUGUGGGGUCGAAUGCCAGCACGUGUUCUGCUCUGCGUGCAUGGGCCGUGCGACAGCUGCACAAUCCCGCUGUCCUUUAUGCCGAGUGGCCAUUGAUCAGACACAGCUACGACGAAGCCAUCCUAUCCAAUCGCUGGUUGAUGAUCUAAAGGUCAUGUGCGACUACAAAAUUUCUGGGUGCGGGUGGACAGGGCGGUUGCAGGAUUGCGCUGCUCACCAGGCUGCAUGCCCUGUGCCAGAAAACGCAAACUUGAUAGCACAGCUGAAGCGGGCCAAUGCUCGCUCUGACGAGCUUGCGAGGGAGACCGAGAGGUUAGCAAAGAAGUUAAGGCUGGCCAAUGCUCACUCUGACGAGCUUGCGAAGGAGAGCGAGAGGUUAGCAAAGAAGUUAAGGCUGGCCAAUGCGCGGGUCCACCAGCUCGCUGCCGAGAAGCUAGAAUUGGCAGAAGAGGUUUCGAUCAAGACGAAGCUGUUGGGAAGCGUUUCCCGGUCUGGUGGUCAGCACGUGCAAGUGUUUGUCCGAGACCCUUCUGACAAGGUCCAUGUGUUGAUUCUCAACAUCGACGAAGACAUAUCAGCAGCGCAGCUGUGCAUCUCAUCGCACACAGGCUGGGACCUGAAAUCCUUUUACCUUACUGGCUUUGGUCAGAUCUUGCACCCAGGCAGGACGGGCAGGGAGUAUGGAAUCCGCCGGGACGCGACUCUUUGCAUGAAUGCGCGCUUGUUACACGCGGCAUUCUGA